UUUCUGUUCAUUAAAGUCCACAUUUACUGUCACUGUGAGCCUCGGCAUGUAGACCAGCAGAACUCCUGUGUUUACUACACUCGCUCACACACUCACGGACAAGAUGACCUCGGCCACACCUCCUCCUCCUCAUGGCCCCGCCCCUCAGAAGGUCUGCCACUCCCAGACACAGACAGACGUGCUGAAGCCUCUGCUAGGUGGGCUGGGGCAUAGCAGUCAUGUGGCACGCAAGAGGCGGAUCCUAACCAAGGAUGGGCGGAGCAACGUGCGCAUUGAGCAUGUGAGUGGGCUCAGUGCUCUGUACCUGCGUGACCCCUGGACGACCUUUGUGGACAUGCAAUGGAGAUACAAGCUGGUUCUGUUCAGCGCCACGUUUGUGGGCACCUGGUUCACCUUCGGCCUGCUCUGGUACCUGCUGGCGCUGGUGCAUGGAGACCUGCUUGAGUUCGAUCCUCCAGCAAACCACAGUGUGUGUGUGAUGCAGAUGCAGACUCUGACCGGAGCGUUCCUCUUCUCACUGGAGACUCAGACCACCAUCGGUUACGGCUAUCGCUGCAUCACGGAGGAAUGUCCGUCCGCCAUCGUCCUGCUCAUCAUACAGCUGCUGAUCACCACCGCCAUGGAGAUCUUCAUCACCGGGACAUUCCUGGCCAAAGUGGCUCGGCCGAAAAAGCGCGGCGAGACGAUUCGCUUCAGUCAGCAUGCUGUAAUUGCCAACCACGACGGCCGGCCGAGUCUUAUGAUCCGAGUGGCAAACAUGCGCAAGAGCCUCCUGCUGGGUUGCCAGGUGACAGGGAAGCUCUUACAGCCGUGUGUGCCGAAGGCGGGUGAAACGGUGCGUCUGGACCAGAAAAACGUGACGUUCAGUGUGGACACGGCCAGCGAGAGCCCCUUCCUCAUCCUGCCGCUCACUUUCUACCACAUUAUUGAUGACGAGAGUCCACUGCGGGCCUGGGCAGACAAGGGCGGUGGCUGGACUGAUCCCGGUCAGACAGAUUUCGAGCUGCUGGUGAUGAUGAGCUCUACAGUGGAGCCCACCUCUGCUACCUGUCAAGUGCGCACCUCUUACCUGCCCGACGAGAUCCUGUGGGGCUACGAGUUCCCUCCAAUCGUCUCCCUCUCGCCCAUGGGGAAAUACGUGGCAGAUCUGGCGUACUUCGAUAAAGUGGUAAAGACCAAGGCCCCGCCCCUUUUCGAGCAGGCCCCGUCCACUGGCACAGACACAGGCCGCGAGGAGGAGAGUGCAGACCCGGAGAAGAUGCAGCUGGAGCAGAGUUAUCGAGACAGAACCGGAGACAGACCGGCGGACGGCGGCUCGCUCACCGUGCGCAUCAGUAACGUCUGAAACACCGGCGCUUCUGUUUGGUGCUGCUUUACAUUUUAAUAGCCAAUCAGAAUCCACCAUGCUUUAAAGGUCUCGUGAAGUGCUUUACAAUGUGCACUUUUAUUGGAUGGUUGACGUAAUCUCAAAUGCUCUCUAGUAUCUGACAUGCCCCGCCCCCUUAUUAUUUGAUGCACUUAAGCUCAACUACUCUCACUGGUGGAGCUGUGAAAAAAUCAACUAUUGGCUGCUUUUUUUUUAAAGGGGAGGAGCUACUAUAUGCCCCCCCUACUCUUCGUGUUUCAGUUGAGAUUACGUCAAAGAUCCAAUAAGAAAUGUACAUUUCUAAGCACUUCACGGGACAUUGAAAGCAUGAUGGAUUCUGAUUGGCUGUUAUUAUUUGUAAAAUAAUCUUUAGAAAUAUAACUUUAUGGUCAUAGCUGAUGAUCUUGGUGUGAAGUGGCCUUUAAAGAUAGAAAAUCAUCUCCGACAGAUAAAGAAUGACUUGAUUAUGAUGAUAAUCUACAGCAGCUUUCCACUUUUUUUUACAUCAAAUAAAAAUUGAUUUACACACUCACAUACAUCAAGGCAAGGCAAGGUUAUUUCUAUAGCACAUUUCAUACACAGCGGCAAAUCAAAGUGCUUAAAAGAAACAGGAAUAAAACAGACAAGUAUAAAUAAAAUAGAAACAAAUAACAUAAGAACAGAUGGAAACAGCGUAGAGACAGUUUUUCCAUACUCCAAAACGCCAGCGUAUCAUAUUUUCUCAUUUUACUCUGGGACUUUCUAUUGGACGUCUCCAACAGAUUAAAUUUUUCACCUAAAGUCGAAAAGUUAAGCUGUACAGCUCUAAUUACAUGCCCCCUACCCCCCAGUUUCAAAUUCCUUAUGGAAGUAAAUCCCC